AUGGCAACAAUCUAUUAUCAUCCAUCUUUAUUUUUAUCAUCAACAUUUUUUAUGUCAAAUGAAACAUCAUUUAAUUAUUCGGAUUCAACAAAUGAUCAUAUUGUAAAUUUAUUUAUUCUUAUUGCUGUAUGGAUUGUUUUAAUAAUUACUAUUGUUUUUGGUACAACAGGAAAUAUUCUUGUACUUUAUGUUUAUAUAAAUCGAAAUGAUAAUAGAACAUCUACAUUUUUUAUUAAAAUGUUAGCUUUUGUUGAUUUAAUAAUAUGUUUACUUUUGGCUCCAUUAGAAUUAUAUCAAACAACAACAGGUAUUUAUAAUGAAUUUUUUUGUAAAAUUUAUGGUUUUUUAAAUACUCAUGUACUUUAUUCAACAUUUCUUAUAACAACAAUUGCAUUCGAUCGAUAUUUUUGUAUAUGUUGGCCAUUAUAUAAAAUCAUAACUAUCCAUCGUGCACGUGCUAUUGUUGCUAUAUCUGGUAUUUUAUCAUCUUUACUAGCUAUAAUACCAAUGAGUGAAUAUUCAACAAUGGAUCAUAUAUUACGUAUUCAUAAUAAUCAUUCGAAUCAAUUACCAAUUGAAAUUUAUGAUGAAUAUGAUUCACCAGCUUAUACACAUGUUGAAGAUAUAAAAACAAAUGUAUUUAUAUUACCAUUAACAAUUGUUAAUGCAACACAUGUUAAAUGUAGUCCAAGAUUUAGUUUACGUUUUAAUUUUUCUAUUUUUUUUUUUUGUAUAUUAAUAUUUAUUUUUUAUUUUUUUUUUUUAUGUAUUAUACUUGUAUUAAUUCUUUAUUCAUUUAUAUAUAAUGCAGUUUAUCAACGUCGUCGAACACGUACAAAAAGAUUUUCUACUUAUAGAAAAAUUCUUCAUUCUUAUUUAGCAAAUAAUGAAAGAGAAAAUGAACAAAUUAAUCGAAAUUUUUCAUUAACAUAUAUUUGUUGUUAUUGUUGUAAUAAAGUACAUAGAAAUAUAUCACGACAAUCAAUAUUACAUCAAUCAUUAAAUAAUCAAAAUAAAGUUAAAUAUUUUCAUCAUAAACAAACAUGUACAAUUAAAAAAAAACCUGAAGAUAUUAUUUUAGAAGUUAAAUCAACAUCUAAAAAACGUUAUUCAGCUAUAUCAAUGACAUCAAUGACAUAUUUUACUAGUGGAGUUUGGGAUGAUACAUCAUCAACUAAUUUAAUAAGUUCAAGAAUUAAUUCAAUAGCAGCUGUUACUUAUUGUGGAAUGGAACAUUCAUCAACAAGUCGACGAUCAACAUCAACUGAAGAUUCAUUUGAACAAACAUCAAAAUUAUUAACAUUAAAUAAUAGUUUAUCACAAAUUAAAUCAAUUACACCAUCUAAUUUAACAUAUUUAACUGUACCUAAACAACAAAUACAAUUAUCAUCCUGUUCAAAUGAUAUGGAUUUACAAGGAAAUAUAUCACAACCAAAGACUUUAUUACAUCCACCAAUUGUAAACAAAUCCAAUAAUACAUUAUCUAUUCGACAACAACAACGAUCAUCUGAAACAUCUGUUAAUCAAAGAAAAGUAUCAUUUAUGACAUUGCGAGGAACUACUGAUCAUUGUAUUAUUGAAGAUUCUUCAAGUACAAAUCAACAAUUAAGUUCAACUUCAUCACCGAUAAAUCAUCAAGUAAUAGUUAAUAUAAAUAAUCAACGUUCAUUAUCAACAUCAUCAUCAUCAGUCGAUCCAACAAAAAGAAAUUCUAUAUCAUCAAAACGUCGUACAUCUGGAUUUGAUAGAGAAACUCAACGUAUAUUUGAACGACAACAAAGACAAGAACGUUUAGCAAAUAUUAGAACAACAUUAACAUUAUUUAUUGUUACAGCAACUUUUAUUCUUAUGUAUUUACCAUCAGUUAUAAUUACUUUAUUUAAUAUAAAACCAUAUGAAUAUCGUGAAGUUUUAUUUUUACUUUAUUAUGUUAAUAGUGCAUGUAAUCCACUAAUAUAUUCAUUUUUUAAUAUCAAUUUUCGUAAUGAUAUUCGUCGUAUAUAUGGAUGCCAUAAACAUGUCUAUUUAGCUUGA